GCGAGGGGGCGGGGCUUCACGUGGUCGCCCGGGUUACCAGGAGGCGGAGCCGCCGAGGCGGCUGUGGCCCGGAUGUCCGGGCGCUGCCGGCGGCUGAUCCCGGAGCUUCUUCGGGGAAACCUGCAAGCGGCCAAUGGCUGUCGAUAUUCAACCAGCAUGCCUUGGACUUUACUGUGGGAAGACCCUAUUAUUUAAAAAUGGCUCAACUGAAAUAUAUGGAGAAUGUGGGGUGUGUCCAAGAGGACAGAGAACAAAUGCACAGAAAUACUGUCAGCCAUGCACAGAGUCUCCAGAACUUUAUGAUUGGCUGUAUCUUGGAUUUAUGGCUAUGCUUCCUCUUGUUUUACAUUGGUUCUUCAUCGAAUGGUACUCGGGAAAAAAGAGGAUAGCUUCCAGAGUCCUGCAAGGGACAUGCCAAUUACAAGAAUCGCUGAACUCAAGAAAGCCGGACCAUGGUGUCCCCAUCAGUUCCAGUGCACUUUUCCAGCACAUCACUGCAUUAUUCGAAUGCAGUAUGGCAGCUAUCGUCACCUUACUUGUGAGUGAUCCGGUUGGUGUUCUCUAUAUCCGUUCAUGUCGAGUACUGAUGCUCUCUGAUUGGUACACAAUGCUUUACAACCCAAGUCCCGAUUAUGUUACCACAGUGCAUUGUACUCACGAAGCUGUUUACCCGCUAUACACCAUUGUAUUUAUCUAUUAUGCAUUCUGCUUGGUAUUGAUGAUGCUGCUCCGACCCCUUCUGGUAAAGAAGAUUGCCUGUGGGUUAGGAAAGUCUGAUCGAUUUAAAAGUAUUUAUGCUGCACUUUACUUCUUUCCAAUUUUAACUGUGCUUCAGGCAGUUGGCGGAGGCCUUUUAUAUUAUGCCUUCCCAUACAUUAUAUUAGUAUUAUCUUUGGUUACUCUGGCUGUGUACAUGUCAGCUUCUGAAAUAGAGAACUGCUAUGAUCUUCUGGUGAGAAAGAAAAGACUUAUUGUUCUCUUCAGCCACUGGUUACUUCAUGCCUAUGGAAUAAUAUCCAUUUCCAGAGUGGAUAAACUCGAGCAGGAUUUACCCCUUUUGGCUUUGGUACCCACACCAGCUCUUUUUUACUUGUUCACGGCAAAAUUUACCGAGCCUUCACGGAUACUCUCCGAAGGAGCCAAUGGACACUGAAUGUGUAAAAUGCAUUAAUACUCUUCUGUUGUACAUGGAGGUAAGAUUGGGUUUUGUUUUUCUGUUUUUGACUUAACAGACUUUAUGGUUAGACUUGGAAAAUACAAACUGCUGUAGUAGUGUGUUACGUAGUAUAAUACACUGUAUACUUUAGCACUCUGUGACACUAUAAGCAUGUUAGGAAGCACUCGCCUCCGGCAACAAUUUAGUUAUUCUUUAAAGCAAAAUCGUGUUUCUCUAUACUUUGACAAGUAUAAUCUGAAAUCCUUAGCAUUGGCCUAAUUGUGCAUGUCUGUUGUAUUUCAGUUUGUUUUUCAAAUAUGAUGAAUUAUAAGGACAAACAUACCUUGUGGGUCUGAUAGCAAACAUGGAAAUGAAGUAUGUUGUUAUUUAUUUUUACCAAUACAGUAUUUUGAUAAAAAGAGUAUAAUUUAUAUAACGGAUUUUCUGUUUAUAAGUAGUUUGGUUGAAGACAUCUGAUUGUUUCUGUUAAGAAAAACAAUAAAAUGCUUAACUACAAAAAAUCUCA